AGGCGCAAGCGCUACAUCCUCGAUUGCAACAAGGGGGGUGCGGCUGUAACCAUGGAUCCCAGUAUACUCGCUACCAUGGACAAGGACACAUUGAAGAAACAGAUCGAGAACAUGAAAUAUCAAGCGGCCAUGGAACGGUGGUCGUUAUCGAAGAGUAUCACGGCGAUGAGAGAGUACGUCGAAGAAAAUGAGAAGAACGACCCACUAAUACAUGCGCCUGACAAAAAGAACAAUCCAUGGGCCGAGAAAGGCAAGUGCAUAAUCAUGUAAGAGGAGAAUCGAACAGGGAGAACACGAAGAGGGAGAAAAGAAAAGACGGAAGCGAACGAAAGAAUGAAAGAGAACGAUGAUGAAGAUGAAGAUCAAGAAGAAGAUGAAGAAGGGCCGGUGUGUUUCAUCUGCGACAGAAAAGAGAGAGAAAGAGAGAGAGAGGGGGGGAUAGAGAAUGCAUGCCAAAGAGACGCUAAUAAAAAAAUGAAUUACAAAAAAAUAAUAAUAAUAAAAAAUUAAAAAAAAUAAACCGGAGAGAAAAUAAAAGAAAAGAGGAACAAAUAAAGUAACAAACAAACAAGCAAACAAACAAAUGGCCAUUCUACCAAAGUCUUCGUCAAGUGGAAGGGAUCACCCAUCGAUCAUGAUCGAUGGAUCGAUAUAUAUAUAUAUAUAUAUAUGUAUAUAUGUAUAUAUGUAUAUAUAUGUAUAUAUAUAUAUAUAUGUAUGUAUAUGUAUAUGUGGGAGAGAAUAUGCGUGUAUGUAUGUAUGUAUGCAUGUAUGUAUGUAUGUGAAUACAUUUUAAAUUGUCGUUCCAUUUUUUCUUUGUUCUUUUUGUAUACUAUUAUUUUUCUGUUUUCUUCAUUUUUCUUUUACGUUUUCAUCAGUAUUUCGUCGAUAAGUGAGGAUCGAAGAAAAAAUCGAAUAGAUCGUAUAUCGUUCGUGAUCAAUCGAGAUCCGAAGGGAGAUCUUUUUUCGAGAGAGAAAAAAAAUUUAUUUUAAUCGUGACAGAUGAAAAUUGAUAAAAUGAAAUGAUCGAAUCUUUUUAUGAAAAUCGUAUUGGUGACUCAUAGUCGCGUGUAGAUUAACGUAGAAUUUUAAUAUAUCGUCAAAAUAUAUCUCCAUUAAUCUAUAAUAAUACUUUCACCCUGUUCUCUCUUACGUAAGACCGAUCGAUCGAUCGUACUUUAAAGUUUUUAAACACCGUCAUUAAAGUUUCGCGCUAUACAACCAAUGUAUUUCUAUCUACGUACAUAUGUAUGUAUAUACAUAUGUAUCAACCUGUGUGUAUAUGUGUGUAUGUGUGUGUGUGAAAAGAGGAAUUCUCGAUUUAUUUAUUCAAUUUUUACUUCUUCCUCUUCUUCGUAAGCUCUUAUAAAGCACGAUUAUUGUAAAGCUUGCUUGGAAUCGAAAAGCACCGGACCUAUUAUAUAUGUAAACGUUUAAAAGUGAUCGUACUACAUGUGCUCUUAAAAAAAAAAAAGACAAAUAAUCUAUAAUAAAAAAAAAAAAAAAAAAAAAAA